AUGAAAGUGCAAAUUUAUUUAUCAGAGAGAAAGAAAAAUUUAAUCAAAUUGGUGGUUCGGAUUUUGAUUCCGAUCUUGACCGGAAGUUUCUUUAGUCUUUUGGUACCGGUGGAGACGAGAUGCUCGGAUAGUCCUUAUUCGAUCGGGGCGAAAAGAGUCAAACUUUUCAAGCCCGUUAAAAAUAUCGCUGCUCGGCUUGAUAUUGACUAUGAAGAUUUCGAGCCGGUUCGAAUUACGAAUGAAUUGGUCCUUCACGAAGCCCUGGGAGAUCCGGAGGAAAAUAAAAAGUUUAUAAAACGACCUGCUCGUCUCAGCGAAGAACUCGGGAUCAAAAGACAUUUGCUGAGUAUAACUGUACUUUCGCCAGAUGAAUACCGACAACGAGCAAGGUUUAUCACAGAAACACUUGGUGACAAUUUCGACGACAUGGUCUUUGUCAUUUACACCCAAAAUCAUCAUCUAUCCAUGAUCGACGGAAUCAACACCAUUCUCCUGCCAGACGUCGGGACGAGAUCACAAAAUGAGCAAAUUUUAAUGGAGCUCGUUUCGACCGAUUUCGCUGAUCAAUUCAAUUUCAUCUUCAUUUCCAACGGGGCAAAACUGGGGACGUAUCAAAUGAAGUCGUUUUUGGAAGAUAAAAUGUCUUAUCGAGAAGAACUUUUUGGCUCCAAUCUUGACUCUGGCAUUUUGUAUACUACAAAGAUCUUACGCGAGAGAAAAGAAGAGCUGGUGAGCAAAUGUCAGACGGGAUUAAAUAGCGGCUGGAAGGUGGAGUCCUGGCUCGUUUCGUGCCUCAAAAAGAUCAAUGACCCGGCGAUUUUGUUAACCCCUCUUCUACCGCAGACCCUUCUUGGUUCCUUCGAAAACAUAGCUUCUGCGCAAAAAGCUUCGAUCGCCUCUGAGAUCGAAAGUCUCCGCGAAAAACUGACGGAAAUUGAGGUUUCGAUGCAUUCAAUGACCGCUCCAGAAGUCACCCAACAAGCAGAAGAAAUGAAUCAAAUUCUCUACAGAGAUCUGCUUCCAGCGACAAGAUGGGACGUCCUUGAAUGGAAAUACUUUGAAGAAGAUGAGUUAUUUUCCUGUCAAAGUCAAGAAGUAAAAUGCCCCUUCCCAAACUGGCUUGAAUCAGAACUCGCCGACGCGAAAAACUUCAUCCAUUCCAUCUCCGCUCAUUCUUGCCUUUCAUCCGAUUCCAUCACCAUUUCCGGCUACUACGCAACUCUGAACGAUCACACCCGCUACCUGCUGGACUUCGACGGUCCCGAAUGCGAAGCGUCAAUGAGAUUCGAUCUCAUUCGCAAAACAAUCGGCUUUGAACUCGUCAAUGCGCUGGAAUUUUCUCAAGCUCCGAUGCCUCUCAUUGUUCUGCUUUUUGUUUCUUCUCAUAACGUCGACUACUUGCCAAAGUUUUUGAACACGCUGCAGUCGUUUCAAACUGACGAUAUUGAACUGCUUCCAAUCUUCAUCUCAAAUCCUAAAACCUCGUAUCGUGCUGCCAAAGAUCGCCUUGCCAAAUCCGGCUUAGCUCUUGUUAACAAAAACGCUGAAUCAGCUGAUUUCACUUGGCAUUUCACUUCUUCAGGGAACGGAUUAAGACUCCUACCAUCACAAGAGCAGAAAUACUUGAAAACCCUUCUGGACGGAAUUAACGAAGAUGCAGCUUUUAUAACGCUGGAACCAAGCGACUUGAUUUCCGAAGAUUUACUGGAGAGCUGCAGGAAAAACGCGGCGAAAGAAAAUCUAUCGACAGUGAAUAUUGGCUUUCAACUUUUUGGACGAAAAUUUCGCGAAGGAAAAGAUCAAGAAAUCGCGAAAAACGAAGGAAUUUUCCAUGCGAUCAACGAGAAAACUCUUUGCUCUAGAAUUUCUCACCUGACAACUUCUUCGAAGAAAUUGAGAAUAUUAGACCCAAGCUUACGAUUUCGGUCAAUCGUUUUCAACUGUAAUGAGUCGUCUUUGUCGAAUAAGUGCAUCAAAAUACAGUCAAAAGCUCUUGGAAAAAGGUCGUCACUGGGAAAAUGGUACACCGAAAAUAGCCUGUAA